CACCGUCCAAUUGGAAGUAAAAUCAAAGUAUCGAUCCCUCGGCUCGUCGCUCCCUUUAAAUACUGCUGCGCCCCCAAUUCGUACCACUUUUGGAUCGUGGUCGUUCGGGGAGUUGCCUUCGGGGGAGAGAGAGAUGGCUCGUACAAAGCAAACUGCGCGGAAAUCAACUGGUGGGAAGGCUCCCAGAAAGCAACUUGCGACAAAGGCUGCACGCAAGUCUGCCCCUACCACUGGUGGUGUGAAGAAGCCACAUCGUUAUCGUCCUGGAACUGUUGCUCUUCGUGAGAUCCGUAAGUACCAGAAGAGCACUGAGCUCCUAAUCAGGAAGCUGCCUUUUCAAAGGCUCGUGAGGGAAAUUGCACAGGAUUUCAAGACUGAUCUUCGUUUCCAGAGUCAUGCUGUUCUUGCACUGCAGGAGGCCGCUGAGGCUUACCUCGUGGGGCUUUUUGAGGACACCAAUCUCUGUGCAAUUCAUGCAAAGAGGGUCACUAUAAUGCCUAAAGAUAUUCAACUGGCUAGGAGGAUCCGUGGGGAGAGGGCUUGAUCUUUGACAUUGCUGAACAUGAAGUCAGUCUCCGCUGUUAUCAUUUUGAAUGCUGUAGGAAUAUAAUCCCGCUAUGACUGCUAUGUAAUUGGUCUAUUCAGUGGCACUAUAUGGUCCAGCAUGUUUGUGAUUGUUGCGAAUAUACUGAUGCAGACUUACUACUCGAUGUGAAUUAGUUGCUUGACAUUUUGUCUU